AUGGCGAGUAAGGUUGUUAUUGAUAUUAAAGGCGGGAGUGCAGCAAGUCUUUCCAGAAACAAUAUUUCAGUGCAAUGUAUACAUCUUGUUGUUGCUAACGUAAAGCUACGGUAUAAAUGAUAAACGAAGGUAAACUGAUAAGACCAACAGUUAAAUCAGCAACUGUUGCAUCAUUAUCAAGAAAUAGGAAAUGUUCUCUUUCAGUUGGGAGCAUUUUAAUAUGGUGACGACCGAUACUCCAUUCAGUAUUACCGAGUAGCAAUGAUCAAGAGCGAACAUGUUACAUAUAUGGCUGUGAAAUAGUUAAUAAACAAUGCUUGAGAUGGAAAUUUAACGAUGAAUCCCUUCUUAACAUUCAAUAAAGAACAUAUUUUUAAAAAGUUUGAACUUUCGUUCACGAUACUCAUUCUUGACGAAGAAUCUCCUCACUUGUGUCUGCAAAAGCUGUCGCACUCAGUUAAAUGUAGUCCUAUUUGUUAGAUGGCUUUUAAUAUAUAUAUAUUCUCAAUGAAGGGCAUCAGCUGUUAAGAACAUUGUGAAAGUCUCACGUCUGCACCAUGCAAUAUUGAUUUUCCUAUUAGUUGAACAAGUUAGAAGAUUACAUAAUAAUUCUAAAAAAACCUCAUUUUGAUAUCAAAUUGAAUAUAAUUAGCCUAAGUGGGUAGAAGGACCGGGGGGUUUUGUGCGACCCCGGAAAUCAAAUGUUAACUGGAUUUCUAGAAAGUAUAAAAUAUGUGUAGAAAACCAUUUGCUACUGUAUGUUAACAGAUUAGCUAAAUGUCUGACGUGCCUUUUUAUAUGAUUUUAUACUUGCUAAUCAUAUGCUAUAAUUUGCUAAUAACAUUGCAUUUGCUGUAACAUUUGCAUCGCUAGCUCUAUAUGCGCGCCUGUGAACGCCUCCAGAAUACUUCAUGUAAACAUUUUUAUAGCACCUGGGGACGAGGUAGGCACUUACUGUAAAUGCAUGACAAGUGAGAUAACCAGAUGAAGACCCAUGCUUAUGGUUAGAAAGCUUUGCUUGCAAAUAAAUAUCGUUACAGAGCUUUCCUCCUUGCGAAAGAUUAUGUUGUAAUGUGCGUUUUUCAUUGUGUUACGUGAUCUUUUUGUAGAUAUCAGCAACUGUAGUACGGCCAGCGCAAGAAGUACGGGAUCAUUGAACAACGGGGUAGGUUCUCACGAAUAUGAAAUAUUCCCGACCGGUGCGGACUCAUGACACUUAAUAUGUGUGAAAAAAGUCCGUCAACAGACUCAACACUCUACCGAAAGUCGUUAGUUUUCUCCGGUUUCCUCCGACAGCGAAUCUUGACAGGGUGACACUUCAACUCGCUCUGGUUGAGCUGCGUCCUCCCCAAUUUAGCUUUGUUCUCAGCUGCAAGUAAGUAUAAUUAACUCUCCCCCACUUACCUUACCUGGAAUACAGUUACGUAGGCCUAUAUUGAGUCCGGUUUUAGCUAAUAUUAGCUUAGACAUGUCUUGGCAAUUCAUUGCCAAGAUCAAAAUCCAUAGAUUGAAUCAAACAAUUCUGAAAAAAUAAUGCAUACUGUACAGCAGAAUGUGGAAAAAAUAUAACACCAAACGAACCGUACAAAAUUGCAUGCCUGGCAGAAACCUCCCCACCUACACACCCGCCUGGCCUUCUCGUUUCUAAUAGUCCGUCUCUUGUUUCUAUGGUUUGGGAAUAUAAGGCUUACAGUAGCUUAUACAGACAGUAUACAUACUGUAUAAACAUGAUAAAACAGUGAAAUGGUGCAAGUUAUUCGCUUUUUAUAGUCUAAACAGGGAUAUAAAAACACGAAAAAUUCGCAGCAAUAGACCUUAUAUACCGGGUGGGGCAAAAAAGUACGACUGUUUGAAUCGCUGAAAAAUCAAAAGUAAGAGAGCAAUGACACUAAAACAAGUUUAUUGGCAUUCAGCAAUGCCCAACUUAAAUUUUGAUAUAUACCAUGCGCAUUUCGAUGCCAUAUUGACAAAGAUACAUGCAUUUAAACAGGUGUAAACAUUUUUGGAACUGACGAAAUUAGCUAAAAAUAGCUUAUUAAAUAUUAAUCCAAACAACAUGCAAUAACUUGUGUUGAGACGCAUUAUAUUUUAUUGUCAGUACGUUCUCGCUUGCGGUUUAAAAACAAUCGCCUAUAUUCAUCAGUAAAUGCAAGUCCCCCAGCACGAAUGCAACGUCUUGCCCGUGAAAUCAUGCAAUCGAAAGAAUUUUGGAUCAUUUGCUGUUUCAAGUUGCGGCAUGCUGUAACAAUCUCUUCACGAAGCUCGAACUUACAACACAGUUCAACUAAGCUCCCCUAUAGUUUUACAAAAACGUAUUUACAUCGUGAAAUACCUUUAAAGAUUGUGAAAUAUAUUGAUUACACUCAAUUUGCAGGCAUUACAAUAUAACUGUGUUCCCUUUAAGGUUUUCGUUACGCCGAGAAAGCCUUGUGGCAAGGCAAAAAGUAAAGGGCCUAACGAGGUAUCUGUCUUCAGUUAGCUCAAUAUAUCAUGUAUUAAAUUUAUAAUGUAUAUAUAAAUUGUCAUUCAUUACGAUACUGAUAAUCUUGAAUGUUGUGCCAUGCAGUGUAGCUACAGUAGCGAAGUAUACAAUUUGCGGGCUGUACCUGAAAGAUAUAGCGAAAUAACUUCCGGACGGACAGCCAUCGCUCCAAACGUCGAAGUUUGCUCUGUUUUUUGGGUAGUUGCGUCAUUUGGGACUCGAAAUUCGAAUAAUAUUAUAAAAGUUCCAGUGGUUAUAUAAUGAUAUUUUUACAUCUUGUAUUAAUUAAGCAUCCUAUAAAGUUUGCUACACUUACUAACCCGAGAUCAAUCUGUAAUAAGACAUUGCAUGAUUAUCAAGGACUUUGUUGUUGAACACGCGAUGUUGAUAUAAUGGCUGAAACCUGGCUUCAUAAAUCUGGUGAUGAAUUAAUAAUUCGUUAGUUAUGUCCCAGAGGAUAUAAAUUUGUCCAUAAACCGAGAACCACACGCUGUGGGGGAGGUGUGGGUUUCCCAUACGAAGACUGAAGUAUUGCAUUAGCAAUUCUUCGUAUGACAAAGAAUUUAGAUCAUUUAGAAUAUUUCCUUUGUGAGUACGAAGUCCAUCAGAUUCCCUGUUAUUAUAUUUAUCGCCCACCGCCUUCGUCAAUUAAUGGUUUGUCUGUCAAUUUGUUUUAAGAGGAAUUCUCAAGUCUGCUCGAAGAGAUCGUUUUAUCCCCUUCGGAAUUUUUCUUCUUGGAGAUUUCAAUUUUUCGUAUUGAUGAUCAAAAUGACAUUCAAGCAAAACAAUUUCUAGAUUUAAUUGAGUCGUUCAACUGUAAGUAACUUGUGAACCAAGCAACGCAUAUACGUGGACAUUUGUUGGAUUUGGUCUUGGUUAGAUCUGAUAUUGAUGAUUCAUUUCUUAGUGAUCUAUGCGUUUAUGAUCAGGAAAUAUCUGAUCACUCGGCGAUUAUAGCUUCUGUUUGGAUAUGGCUAGACCAUCGCGUCAGAGAAAGAAAAAGGUAUUAAUUUUAAUACUUUUAAUGCAGACAUUCAUGAAUCAAAUUUCUUGAAUGACACGAAUGACAUAUUAUCUACUUGUAAUCAGUAUGAAGAAGUCUUCUGGAAGAUGUCUUCUGGAAAAGCAUGCACCCAUAAAGCAACGUACAAUUACCAUCCGUCCCAAAGAAGCUUGGUAUAAUUCUAGUAUUACAGAAGAAAAAAGGCUUUGUCGACAACUUGCAAGAAGAUGGCGCUCGUCUAAAAUUCUGAGUGAUAGGACAGCUUAUGUUAACCAACGUAAAGCUGUUAACAAACUGAUUUAUGAAUCUAUAAGCAAGCAUAUUACCACAACUUUAUUAACUGAAAAUGCCACCAAUUCCAAAUUAUUAUUCAAAACAGUAAAUAGGUUGUUUCAGAAAAACAUUGAUCUAAAAGAUAUCCAAAAGCUUAUAUCGAUCCAAGUCUGGCAAAUUCGUUUGCUGACUAUUUUACUGCUAAAAUUGAAAAAGUUCAAGUCAAAAUAUGUCAUGCAAGAAAUACUUUUGAUCCACCUUGUGUUGUUGACGAGAAGCCUCUGUCCUCAUUUUGUCCGUUUAAACAACUAACGGACUUGGAUGUCAGGGAACUUUUGAACAAUUCUAAGAUGAAAUCCUGCCUGCUUGACCCCAUUCCAGUAGCAGUGCUGAAGGAAUGUUACAAAACCUUACUUCCUGUAUAUACUAUAGGAUAAUAAAUCUCUCAUUGGAAAAUGCAACAAUGCCAGAGCGCUUGAAGGUUGCAAUGUUAAAUCCAAAGAAUGAUCAAUGCUGACUAUGAAAUAUUUUCUAACUUCCUAACUAAUUUUCGAUUUCCUGUUUCCAAUCUCAAAUUUUUUUCGAAGCUAAUUGAAAAAGCAGUGUUCAUUCAACUUAAUGAAUAAAAACAAUUUGCAUGAAGCUUUCCAAUCUGCUUAUAAAGGCAUUUCAUAGUACAGAGACAGCUCUACUACGGAUGCAGAAUGAUAUUUUGCAGUCAUUGGACAGGAAAGAGCCGGUUAUCUUGGUUCUUGAUUUAUCGGCUGCAUUUGACACCAUAAGUCAUGACAUUUUACUGUCUAGAUUAGAUCAUAUCUUCUUUGGUUUAGAUCAUAUUUAUCAUCCCGCCGUCAAUUUGUAAAUAUCAAUGGAACAUUUUCCUCUACUCGUGAUUUGAAAACCGGUGUUCCACAAGGCUCAGUCCUUGAUCCGUUCUCUAUUUGUUGUAUACAGCCCCUAUAGCAGAUAUUAUUAAACGUCAUCAUCUUAAAUAUCACAUAUUUGCUGAUGAUACUCAACUUUAUGUGUCUUUUGAAGCUGAUAGUCAUGCUGGUUCUGCGAAGACACGUAUUGAGAAUGGACCAUUUGCAUUAUAGACUAAAUUUUGAACUAAACAAAAAUUUCAUCACAGCUUGAAAGAGCAUCAUAAAAUUAGUAAUAUUCCAAAGAAUCGUUGCAAAAUGUUGUAAAAUGCGGAUAAUAUAGCCAUGCGAAGUUUGCCGUUUUUCAGCCAUUUUGUAUUACGCACGGGAAAUUGACAGCCCAAUCGGGUGUUGGGGCAUCAAUUUCCCGUUUGUAAUACAAAAUGACUGAAAAUUGCAAAUUUCGCAAGGAUAUAUUAUCCGCAUUUUACAACAUUUCGCAACGAAACUUUGGAAUAUUACUAAUUUUGUGAUGCUCUUUCAAGCUGUGAUGAAAUUUUUGUCUAGAUCAAAAUUUAGUCUAUAAUGCAAAUGGUCCAUUGCAUAGCUGAUAUACGCCAAUGGAUGAUGCUCUUCAAUGGAUUAAAAUUGAAUGAAGAUAAAACACUCUCGGUUGUCGUGCACUCUAAGUUUCGUCCUCGCCCUUUACUUGAUCAAAUCAAAGUUGGAGAUGAAUUGAUUCCCUAUAUUGUUACUGCUACUAGUCUUGGUGUCAUGCUAGAUGAAACAUUCUCUUUUGAUGAGCAUGUCAAACAAGUUUAAAUUGCCAAAUAAAUUGUUUUAGGCAUCUAAAAGCUGCUUUCGUCUUUCGGAAACAGGUUAACGCCAUAUAUUGUUGCUUCUUUUGCUUUUAGAGGAAUAGUAAUUUAAUUUCUAUAAUUUCUUAGAAUUGUGCUUUAAUUUCUUCAAUUUUUUCUUCGAUUAUUUGUUUGCAAGUGGAUUUUCGGCAGCCAGCUUUUGAAAGCAAUAGUUACUGCUUUGAGCAGUAACUAUUUCCUCAGAGUUACUGCUGAGGGAGCCAAUCAGAACACUUGAAAGCCAUUUUUCAAUACUGAAUUUAUACUAAAUAUCCAUAGUGUGGAAAUUGCAAUUUGUAUGAAAAUUGGAUUUCCAUACUGUUUCCAACAAAGAUCCAUACUAUAUUUCCAUAGUAAGGAUUCAGUUUGAAAAAGAAUUCCAGUGCGAAGGCUGUGGGCAAGAAUGCUGCACCUCCCUUAAAAUAUUCCCCACCUUAUAGUAGCAAGGGGGAGGCCAAUUACAUAGUCACAAACUUUCUCAGUGGACAGUGAUCCUUGUUGACUCGAGUUUGACCCCUUCUGUUUUGCUUGAAUACUGUAUUUGGGGCAGACCUGUAUCCUUCAAUCUCAUCAUCGCAAUCCCUUCUCCACUCCCAUAAAAAAUGAACUGUCACUACAUUUCAGACAGGAUCAAAUGAUGAAUUGAGCACACUAUCUUCAAAGAUCGCUGAGUUAGAAGAAGAGAUUAAGAAAUUACGAGCUGAAAAUGAAAUACUACAGAAGGUAAAACUUCACGUGAAAUAUUACAAGAUUUUAUUACCAUGUAAUUAAUAAAACUUUUAAAAUUAUAAUCAUUCACGUAAUUUGAAUAGAUUGAAGACCUACUGUACAUGUGUAUAAUAUACAUUAAGUUUACUUUUAAUUUAUUUUGUUUACAAGAUCUGCCAUAUAUAUAUAUAUAUAUAUAUAUAUAUAUAUAUAUAUAUAUAUAUAUAUAUAUAUAUAUAUAUAUAUAUAUAUAUAUAUAUAUAUAUAUAUAUAUAUAUAUAUAUAUAUAUAUAUAUAUAUAUAUAUAUAUACAUGCAGUAUAUGCAUGUAUGUUAGAUGGUGUCUUAUUUUCCCCACUGUCAUGUGUCCUGUUGUCUUCCUAGUUAAAAGGUGGUGAGCUGAGUGAGGAUGAACGACAGGCGAUGGAGUCUAACCUCGCUGCGUUAAAGGAAGAAGUAGAGAAAUUAAGAAAACAGAUUGAAGAUGAAAUGGAAAGGAAUAAGGUUGUCCCAGUAAAUGAUAACUAAGUUAAAAUUAUAGUGCAAUAGUGCAUGGAUAAUAAUUCAGUUCCUAAUAACGGUUUAAUCAGUUUAGUGUGAACUGAUAAAACUAAGUAACUGAGUGUUUAAACAUGUUUUUGAUCAUUUCGGGGAUGUAAGCUUGUAGUCAACACAACAUUACGUUUUAUAGGUCGUACACGUAUGUCCCAAAGGUUAUGGUUAUUAUGUAGUUGUGGCAGCAUUUUAUCAAAUACAAAAACACUGUUAUUACUAUUUCAUAUUAAGUCAGUUUCUAAGAUGAAGUAUAAAAAUGUUGUUACGUAUGUGAUUAUAUGUACAGAAAUUGCCUCUUUCGUUUCUAGUUUCUUGUUCCAAUCUUUUAUUGUUUCCUCUCUUGCUUUUGCUACUUCCCUGUUGGUUCUCUUUUUUACCUCUAUAUACCCUCUAUAUACAUGUUUUUCGACUCCUCUGUCUUGUUUACUUGCCAGUUCUCAAAUACUGACGUUUUGUUUGAUUGCAUUUGGGAUUCUUCAUGCCACCACCUGGUUUCUUGAUUUUAUCGUUCCCGAGGUCUUUCCACAUUUCUAUUUUGUAACGUAUUUUUAACCACCUCUGCAUAUUCCGUUUUCUUCUCUCCUCCCAGCUUCCACACUUUCAUUUUUGUGCUUCUUUCCAACACUCACACAAACUUAUUCCAACUCCAUUCUCGCCUUGUUUGUUUCCACUAUAGAACAAUUUAUAGCCAUUUCCAAACUUCUUUGCACUCAUUCCUGUCCACUUUCCUUCUUAUAGACACACGCAAUUUGCACUCUUCUUUAGCAGAGCAAUAUCAUCUCGUGCAGGAACCUAUCCCUAAUUUCAGAUCCCUUUUUCUCUAUAUCAGUCAGCAUUUAUUUAAAGGCACAGUUCAGCCUUUUGAAUGAUGGUUUUUAAGGCGCAUUACAACCCUUUUGAUUGAAAAAACUAACUAGGAAAAUCAAUUAAGCAUAAUUCAAGAUCAGUGAACUCAAUGUUUUUAACAUUAAAAUGUUAAAAAAAAUGUUGAAAACAUUGAAAUCACUGAUCUUGAAUUAUGCUUAAUUGAUUUUCCUGGUUAGUUUUUCAAUUAAUUAAAAGGGUUGUAAUAGGCCUUAAAAACCAUCAUUCAAAAGGCUUUUUUGUGAGAUGUUUCCGUAACGAUACAGAAAAAUUUCCAGGCCAUUACUUGUACAUUUUGCUAUAUGGAUUUCCCAACUUCUAUUUUUUAGCUAUAGUGUUUGAAAUUUAACAAAUUUUACUCUUAAUUUCCAGGAACUCGUUUAUCAACAGAACACCUACGAAUGCUCACUGAAAACUAUGCAAGCUGAUUUAGAAUUAACGAACAGCCAGGUCGCUGCAUUACAGCAGCAGAUUAUUUCUUUAGGUAACAAAGUCUUUUUAGGACCUGUUUACAUGCCGCGAGAUCUCAGCUAUUAUAUAGAAACAUUAUAUAUUAGUUUUCCCGGUGUCAAGCGAAAUUUCUAACCUCUGCGAAAUAUCUGACCAACCAUGACGGCUCAUGAAUUUGCGCGCGUGGGCGCGUAAUACAUGACGCUUACUAAAUACAUGACUCGAUCAAAAACAUCUUUUUAAGGUUUAUGUGAUAUUUUAUCUUUGUGAUAAUGUAUCACCUCUAACUCUAAAACUGGAUUCAGUUUAAUAUCUAUGAGAUCUGUUGUGAAAUUAAUAAUGACGGUGGUUACUAUAAACAUUAUUGUCUUAAUAAUGAUUAAUGUAUACUAAAAAGUUGGCAUUUGUAAACUGGUGCUAUCUAAUAUUUUCGGCAUUUUACUUCGGAUCGUUUAUUAAGCAAAAAAGUAUAUUAUUAGCACUGUAUUAGUAUAGGAAAAGUAUUACUGGAAAACAGCUUGGAAAGUCUUCUUCGAAGAAUUGAAGACGCACAUGUUUUUGUAGCCGGCAGUUGCGAAAUUUGUAAAGUAUGCGUAUAGGUGCAGAACUAUACGAUAAUCAUGUAUUCAAAAGCAACUCAGGAAUUUCGCGUGACACCGGGUGACCGUUUACUAUCACGCAACCUGGUAACUCGCCUUGGCGAGAUAAAUAUUUUCCCAUGUGAACAACUUGUCGGCAAAACUCGCUAGCCCAAGAUACUGUAGAACGGUAUAUGCGUUCGAAAUGUGAGAGACAAAAAUACAUGCGAAUUAUUAGAUACGUUUUUCUGAAUUUCCGACAUUUUGUUAUGUUGUUUACCGUUUCAAACGGCGCUAUUUUGACCAAAUACCGAGUAUUAACUCGAUUCAUGCAUAUAGUCAGCUAGCGAGUAACUCGACCUGCCUGGUGACUAGCCUCCAUAUAAACAGUCCCUUGGUGUGAAAUGAAUGAGCAUGGCAUUUGGUUAUAUUUAGCUGGAUCAAUGCAAUCAAAUUUAUUUAGUAGACGCCCGUACAAGACAAAAAGUAUAUUCAACCUCUUCUUAGGAUUAAAGUUUGGCCGGCUAAUAACUUGUUCUCUGGGAAUUCUAGAACUUGGAUUUAACUCGGAAAUGAGGCCCAUUUUUUGUUUCAUAAAAUGAUUUCUUGUAGUAUAACUGAAUUAUUUUCAUGAUUAAAAAAAAUCUUUUUAUGCCGAAAAAUGCGUCAUUACGUUUUCCUGUAUUGAAAAGAUUUUUAAAAUCGUUGAGAUUGCCAACGUGCGUGCUAAAAGAAAGCAAUUUUAUUAAAUGAAAAAUGGCGGUCAUCGAUGCUAUUUUCGAGUUAAAUUAUUCUAAAUCCAAAAUAUCUGCCAUAUUGAAACGUAAUUGUUGCCAUAGUAACAACACUUACGAUUGUUCUGGGAAAAUUUUGAAGUAGUAUAAAAGAGGUAUUGUUUUGUACUAAUCAGAUACUCUUUGUUUUUAAACAAAUAAUAAUUGUCCGGAAAUUAUUCUCCAAAUUAGAAAUCUUCCAUUAUUAAAAAGUGUAGAGAACCACUUAAGUCUGUUUUUAUGUUUAGUAUUGUUCGCCUAUUGCCAUACAGAUUUGUAGCGCUUACUUUGAAUUCUGUUGAUAAGAUAUUAUAUUGGAGGAUAACUGCACUUCGGUUGCUGUACUGUUGAAGUUUUCAAUGCAUGUUGUUCUUCCGAGACCGCUUCUCUUCCAACGGGAGUUGAAGCAAAGAUGAAAAUAUUUUGUAACGUCGAUCGUCUGAUAACGAUGAGUGGAAAAGAGCCUUCAGCAAGAUAAACUACUCUGUACACUUAGUGACGUCUUUUGAAAUUUUAGUGUUCACCUUUUUCGUGUCCGAUACAUUGAAGCUUUAUUAUAUGUUUUCAGAACAAAUGAACGUUGAUAUUACAGAAAGCAGAGAGGAGCUCGAAAGUCAGUGUAGCAGACUUCACGGUAAUGUGUGACGAUGAUCCUGCACCAGGGGUAUUUUAGAUUUUGAGACUUGGGUGGGAGCUCCCCCAAAUUUCAGGGUUUAUUUUAUUUGGGGGGGGGGAGAAUUCCCCCUCCUAUAGUCACAAACCCAGUCAUCACUUCCUACGCUCACCUAUUUCCAAGUGAGGGGAUAGAAAUUGUGUCUGGGUUCACCAACUGCACCUCCAAGUGAUUAACCAUUUUUAGACUCAAGGUUAUAUGCCUUACCACUUACCAGUUUAAUAUUAAUUCAUAUUCCAUUUUGGUGGGGAAUGCUCCCCCAGAAUUUAGCUAUUUUCAGAUUUGGGGGGGGGGAUUCGAGAUUUUUUCAUUUUUGGGGAGAUUCCCCCCUGCAAAAUACCCCUGUUGCACUCUUCUUGCAUUGUAAACAUUGUAAUCACAUUGAUGCCAUUUCUGUAGGCAUGAAUAUUGCUUUAGAAGAGGAAAAGCUAGCAUUUCAAGAUCGCCUCGAUGAAAUUGAAAGCAACUGGAAGGUAACUAAUUACUACAGCGAAAAAACGAAUAUUACAGUCGAUUUCACAAAACUUUUGCCAAAAUGUUCCAAACUUCGUCCCGAAGUUCGCAAAGUUCGUUUCGAAGUUCACAAGUUCAACAGUGAAAUUCACAAGCCGGUUUGUAAACAAGACCUCUGAUUGGUCCAUGAAUUGAAAGAAGCCAAUCAAAUGCUUAGUUUACAAACUAGCUUGUGAACUUAUGAACUUGGAAACUUCAAACAUUGGAACUUCGAAAUGAACUUGCAAACUUUGAAACGAAAUUCGGGAUAUUUUGGCAAAAGUUACGUGAAAUCGACUGUAAAAAGCCAUACAUAAUAAUAUAGACCUUACAGUGCUCCAAAAUGGUUUCCACCGCAUGAAAACGAGACCAAGAGAACAGAUAUCGCGCAUUUACUUUUUAGUGUGAAGUUUCACUUCACACUAUUGUGAUGGCUGGCGAAUUCACACGAAUCAGUCAAACAGUCAGUCAGUCAGUCAUAGAGUAAACUUUCCGGGGGGUGUAUACGAUUUAUGUUCGUAGUGAUUUAUUGUACUUAGUCAGUACUUUGAAGGUUAUUUAGGCAAUUUCAGUUAACUUAUUUACAUAUUCUGUUAUCCUUUUGCCAAGUUCACAAAAAUUUCGAGCAAUCGCUUUCGUUAUUGCAUUUUUUUGUAAAUUUUAGAACAUUCGCUUCUCAUGUUGUGUAAAGGAUCUUUACCCCGGAACACCCGAUUUUUUCUUUAGUAGCGCAAAUGCGCAUGCGCUAUCAAGCCGUAGAUCACGAUGGCGUGACGAUAUGCUAGGAAGGGGCGACAGUGUUUUUUUCAGAUGUAUAAAGAUUUCAGACGUGAAUAUUGAGUAAAUCUUUGAAAAUCUACGCAAUAUAUAAAUUGAUCUUAUGCAUUACGGGCGUUCAAUUAAGUGCCGAUAAUAUUUAGACGGUAUAUUCAUUAUACAGAGCUAGGAAGGAGCUAGACUGCCUAGACAGUGCAGUCAAGUGUGUAAACAUUUCAGACGUAAAGAUUGAGUCGAAUAUCUUAAUUCUAGGCAUUCAUAUGAGUGCCGAUAUUAUUUUCACGGUAUUCUCAUUAUACAGAGGUACAGUACGUAGGCAGAAGCGAGACAGUGUUGUUUUCAAGUAUAUACAGAUUUCAGACGUGAAUAUUGAGUAAAUCUUUGAAAAUCUACACAAUAUAUAAAUUGAUCUUAUGCAUUACGGGCGUUCAAUUUAAUAAGUGCCGAUAAUAUUUAGACGGUAUAUUCAUUAUACAGAGCUAGGAAGGAGCUAGACCGCCUAGACAGUGCAGUUAAGUGUAUAAACAUUUCAGACGUAAAUAUUGAGUCGAAAAUCUUGCUUCUAGGCAUUCAAUUGAGUGCCGAUAUUAUUUUUUCACGGCGUACUCAUUAUACAGAGGUACAGUACGUGCAGGCAGAAGCGAGACAGUGUUGUUUUCAAGUAUAUAAACAUUUCAGACAUGAAUAUUGAAAAAAUCUUUGAGAUUCUACGCAAUAAUAGUAAUACAAUAUAUAAAUUGUCCAAAGCUUGCCAAAAAUGUUUUAAACACUGCUAUAACUGUGAAACUAUUGAAAUCUAAAGUGAUAUUUAUAUUCAACACAUGCGAAAAGCUGAAAAUAGACACACGUCACACUGAGAAAAGUCAAAGGUCAAUGAAACUUGUUAUUGUGAAACAUGUCACAAUUUAGUUAAAAUGCGGAAGCGGAUGGAGCGGAUCCACGGAACGGAUAUGCGGAUAAAAUACGGAACGGAUGAGGAUAAAAUGCGACUUUUAAUGAUGUAACGACGUAGUGCUUAUUAUUCAUAACAUAUCUUAUACAGCUAUUUCAAUUAUAGUUUAUUAGAUAAAUUUAGCAUAGCAGUAGGCUCGUGGGGAUGCUUUCAGCGACAGCUGCAAAUGCAAAUGAAAAUUUAGAAUAUGCAAAAUUUGGUUGUUGGUGACACAAUAAAUACAUGAAUUGUAUCAGUUUCACAAGGCACGUUUCUGAUGUGUUAGGCUUGUUUCAAACGUCACGCUACUCGUGUGCCGAGCGUAUUAAAAGCAAUAAAUAAUGAUAUGAAAUGCCUUUGGUAACUGUUUAUUUCGUAGUGUAAGUCAUCAAGCUUUUCUAGGUUGUCGGCAACCCUAUAUAGUUCUUGCAGUGUCUUUUUAAAUUUGAAACUUCACACUAUCCUUGGAUCCCUAGUUAAUUUUGAUACGUCGAGAGCGUCAACCAGAAUCACAACUAUUCUUAUUUAAAUGAAAAAUACUUAACAAUUAUUCACCGGAAUGGAGGUGAAUAGUGCAAGGAUAUUCACCGAAACGGUGGUGAAUAUUCUUGCACUAUUCAUGCACCAACACGGAGGUGAAUAAUUGUUUUAGCAUACGCCAUAACAAAACAAAAACGACCAAAAAACAACGAAAAUAUUUUAAAACAAUUUGUAUUACAGCUCACAUAAUAGUUGUAAAGAAGACGGUAUUUAUUUAAAACUUUUAGUAAUUUUAUUCAUUCUCGAAAUAGCUUUAAAGAAUACUUCUGCACACUAUGAAAUAAAACUUUGUGCAGGCUUUCUUUGUGUUUGGCGAAACCGCAUCUUCAUUUAGUACAUAUAUAUUUGCUCCUCUGUAACCGGAACGAGACGGGAAGCCAUUUUGUUUUUUGUCCGGAGAUGAAUAGUGCAAGGAUAGCUGGAGCUGAGCAACCAAUCGAAUUUCGCGAAAAGCACUAUCCACCUCCCAAGUAUAUGCUAAAUGGAUUUAUUUAAUAUGUUUUUAUUCCACGUCCAUCAUGUUUUCGAUAUUUCACGUUUUAUUAAUUUAAUCGUGAACGUGUCCAAAAUACAAAGAUCCUUGUGAUAUCUCACUUUUUACAGAACGCGUAUUCAACAAAAGAGGAACUUUCGGCGGACCUUUUGUCGUGCAGGGAACGACAUCAAUCGGAAAUUGAAACUCUAGAACAAUCACUUAAAGAGAAAUUAUCGACUGUGGAAAAACUGGCUGAGGAACGUACAUCGCUUGAGGGAACUGUGGUGUCGUAUAAAAACAAGAUUGAUCAUUUGAAAUUAGAAAUGGAUGAGUCACUGAGGAAUCAAAUGGAAACUAUGGAUGAGCUGAAGUAAGCAUUUAUCUUUCUACAGUCCGGUCUGCGCAUGCGCACAUAGGAGUCUCCUGCCGUGAUAUAAACACUUUAUAAUUAGGUUUUUAUUUCAUUUUAUGUUCUUGCAAAGCCUGAUUGUUGUAUCUUGAUAAUUUAUUAUACUGUAGAAGCAUGAAAAUAUAAAUAAUUGUCGAAUAAAAUUCAAUAUUUUGAAAAAAAUAUUAAAAAAUGAAAACAAAAAUACCGAAAUGUAAACAAAGGCUUUGUUUACAUACGGACUGUACCCUUUAAGCUGCGGAAGCUUUAAGGUGGCUCCCUACUGGGUUUUUUAAAUAUGGAUAUAUUUAUCAUUUAAAUCAUUACGCAACUUAUUUACAGCUGGAAGUUGUGCGUGAUUAUCGUUGCUACAUUAUAUAUGGCAACAAUAUAUAAUGUAUUUAACAUUAGUACGCCCUCACUUAGGAUAUGCCACCCAGAUCUGGUGCCACAGUCCAUCAACCUAAUUGCAAGAUUGGAAAAAGUUCAAAGGCGUGCCACGAAAUUUAUUCUCAAUCAGCCGUUUUCCAGUCCAGACAAUUAUACCUCGCGAUUACAGUCUUUAUCAUUACUUCCAUUAUGUUACUGGCAUGAGUUUUUGGAUUUGGUUUUUUUCUUUAAAAUGGUGAACAAUCUGGUAAUAAUAGAACCUUCUGUAGUACCAAAAACCCGAAGCUCCAGACUGACCAGAUCGUCUAUAAACACGGACAUAGUACUUGGAGACUUAAUAAAUGCCCAAUUUCCUCCCUACUACGUCAUUUUACUUUGAAACAGAUAGUUAAAGAACCCACAAGAGGAAAUUCCACGUUGGACUUAAUUUUGACAAAUAUGACUUCCUGUUGUAACUCUCCGGUGUUAUUACCCCCUAUCGGCCAAAGUGACCAUAAUUCCGUACUGUGGUCCUUUAAUAAAAAUACAGCUAAAUAUGGUACAUCAAAAGUGAAAACUAGACAAGGUAACAAUCAUGACAGGAGAGCAUUCGGUAAGUGGCUAGCUGAUAUAAACUGGAACAACUUGUACCGCGCUGAAUCAUGUGAACAAAAGUUAGAUUUUUUCAAACAGUUAUAAAUACUGGUUUGGACUGUUUUUUCCCUAGUAAAAUUGUAAAGUUGCACGAUCAUGAUAAACCAUGGGUUACAGUCGGAUUUAAGAAAAUUAUAGAAAAUAGACAAAGAGCGUUUCGUCAGGGCAAAAGUCCGCUAUAUCGUAGAUUGAGAAAUCUUGCCAAUAGAGAAAGUAAGAGACUCAAGUCAACCUUCCUUAAGAAAAAGAUGGAUGAGUUAAAACUAAACCCCAAUGCUAAAAAAUGGUGGCAAUGUAUAAAACAGCUUGCGGGUUUCGCCAAGAAAAAACAUUCUCUAAUUUCGUUGUAAACAACCAGGUUUUUGCUGGUAAAGAGUUAGCAGAUAAAAUCAAUGAUGUUUUUGUCUCAUCUACCCAAGCUAUUCCUCCCUUGAAUAAGUCUCCAGUUGAUGACCUAAUUGAAAAUGGCAGUACAAGUAUCCUUCCACAGUUUAUUAUCGAAGAAAAAGAUGUAUACUGUAAAUUGUCCCCCAUCCCCGUUUCCAAAUCACCUGGUCCUGACGGAAUACCUAAUUGGGUGCUUAAAUCUUAUGCAUACGUUAUUUCUUCCCCUGUGGCAUCGAUUUUCAACGCUUCGAUUCAAGAAGCAGUUGUACCCUCAAUGUGGAAAAAAGCGAACGUUAUUCCUGUUCCAAAAAAAUCAGUUCCUAAAGACAUUUCUAAAGAUUUGCGCCCUAUCUCACUUACCCCCACUUUAUCCAAAAUUUGCGAACGGUUUGUUACAGACUGGUUACUUAAGUCAAUUGGUGCAAAGAUUGAUACGCGGCAGUUUGGCUCCGUUAAAAAUUCCUCGGCUACCCAUGCCCUACUGAGCCUGAUCCAUCACCUCCUGAGUGCUACAGAUGCUUCAAGCAAUGCGGUGAGAGUAUUCUUGCUUGAUUUUGAAAGUGUUUCCCAAACCAUUAUAAAUUGGAUUAGAAGUUUUCUCUCUGAUCGUAAACAACGAGUCAAGUUGGCUAACUGUCAUUCGGACUGGCAAACGUUAAACGGUGGAGUGCCGCAAGGGUCGGUGUUAGGGCCGGCUUUGUUCCUUGUUAUGAUAAAUGAUCUUAUUGAUUGGAGCGAUAGAUGGAAGUAUGUUGAUGACAGUACGUUUGCUGAACGAGUUACAUCAACUGAGAGUAGUGAACUACAAGAUCUAGUGAAUGUUAUCUAUAAUUGGUGUGAAGUUAAUAAUAUGAAGCUCAACAUCGGCAAAUGUAAGGAAAUGGUAAUUGACUUUGCAAGAGAAAAACAUGAGUUUCUACCGUUAACUAUAAAUAACGUUGGUAUUGAGCGGGUAAAAUCUGCCCGAAUUCUUGGUCUCUCAAUCCAAGAUGAUUUGAAAUGGGACGAGCAUGUGAACCAUAUUGUUAAAAAAGCGGGAAAACGCCUUUAUAUGCUAAGGUUGUUAAAACGAUCAAAUGCCGACAAUAGCAUUCUAAUUUUGGUAUACUGCACCAUUAUCAGACCAGUACUCGAAUAUGCCUGCCAAGUUUGGCACUUCAAUAUUACAGAAUACCUAAGUGAAGAUAUCGAAAAACUCCAGAAGCGGGCUCUGCGUAUUGUCUUGCCAUUCGCUACUUAUAGAGAAGCUUGCAGUAUUACUGGUAUACCCUUACUGAAAGAUCGGCGGCGAUUAUUAUGCGAACGUUUUUUUGUUAAUAAUGCACAUGGAGACAAAUUGGGUGACCUCUUACCGCCUAAACUUGAACAUAACUAUAAUACACGUUAUGGAAGCGAUUAUAAUAACUAUAGUUGUAAAACGGACAGAUUUAUGAAAUCGUUUUUUCCACAGAUGGUUUCACAUAUGAAUAGACCAUAAUUUUAAUAUUUUUAAUAUUUUUAAAUUUGAACUCUAUAACUUUUUCAACUGAAGUUAUGAAUAAUUUUAUGCAUCUAGAUAUUCUAUUGUAGUAUAAUGAGACUUUUUACUGAUGUAAUUUAACCUAAUAGGUUACAAAUCGGUAUUUUAUUAAAUUAUUAUAUUAUUAUUAUAUUAUACCUAAGUUUGUCAUUCCCAGGAGCAAAACAACGACGCACCAACGCUCGUUUCUAAUUCGAACAACCAGGGUGUGGAACAGCCUAACUGACGAACUGAAACUUAACAUGAUAAAUUUGAACUCAUUUAAAUCUACUAUUCUAAGUUAUUACUUCCGUGCUUUGGAAAUUUCCUACGAUCCUGAAAAUCCAAGAACAUUCAAAACUAUAUGUACCAAGUGUAAUACCGCUCGAACUCUGGUUCAGCCUCUUAAGUGCUGCUAUUAGUUAUAAUUUUAUUUAGAUAGUUUUUUUUUUAUGUUUGUAUAUCCUAAUUCGGGCCCGCAGUAAUUGGCUCACGCUGUUGCGGUCACCCUGCCUAUAGUCAUGUAUUGUAAUAUGGCGAAACAAAUAUUGGGCAAUAAUUUUGGAUGUCUUAAUAAUUACAAAAAAGCAAAUUAUUUAAUUAAUAUACACAAAUUCUUGUUUUUAAGUUAAUAAACAUUUAAUUUUUCGCAAUAAUUUUGUGAUAUAUGCAGAAUCUUAAUUUUGUGUUACCAGACUUUUUUUCGAAUACAUGUUUACAUGCUGACGGCUAUGAAACGUUUAUGAAUAACGUAAUUUAUCGCUUCCGUGCAUAUAUUAAACCACCAUCGGCAAACUGUUUGUCAGGUUGAGCUCGGUUUUCUGUGCUGCCGAAUACUACAAGACCAGUCAAAGCCUUUAAUCUCUUCCAUCCAAUUUCCUGAUGUGAACUGCAGCCCUCGUGGAAUAGGAAAGGAAAGAUGGCCCGCUUCGCCACUGAUAAAUACCAAAAUUUCCAAUCACGUGACUAUACUUAAAUUAACUUGCGCGCGCAAAUUACUUAUAUUUCGCAUAAUUAAUUUCAACUAUAACUUAUUUCGGGAAGCAAUAAAAACUCUUAUCGCUGUGGCAAUAAGUUCCUUUUAAUUUUUCAAUUUUUUCGUAAUUUUUCAAUUUUUUUAAACAAUUUCCAACUCUAAAGUUAUUGUUUUCUAACGCGUCACACAAUUUUAUUGCAUGCAACCUGCAGGGGUGGAAAAAAUAUUUUACUUAUAAAUCAGAAACUGUAACUGUGUAACAUUAACAAAUUGUCAAACUGAAUGUCAUGCUAUAUGUUAAUUUCAGUGCACUUACGACAAUCUUAACACCUUAAUCGUACUUAAUUUCGUGCGACUUUAACUUCGCGAUUUUCGCAAUUUUAAACGCGAAAUUAAAGUCGCGCCAAUAAUAAACCUCGCGAAAUUUACACAAGCGAAAUUAGCCUUUUUCACGAUGACGAAUAUCUGCCAUUUUUGGGUGGCAUCGAAUUCUCGUUAACCAAUGCAGACAAUUAAACCAAUGUGAAAAACAAUUUUUCAAAAUAAACUAACCAUUAACAAAGCAAAUUUACCAUCAUUCGUCCAAAAAAUUAUAAAAAGUCGCGUUUAUGUGAACUUAUCUCGCAGACUUCGGCUGAAAUGCCACCCAAAAAUGGCGGCGUGAGAAAGGCUAAUUAAAUACCCCAGUAAAAAAUUUGAGUAAUAAAAUUUCUUGAUAAAUAUGAUCAACAACAAGAUGUGCAGCUCGUAUAUCGAUGUAUUCUCAAGUAUUGUAUUCUCAAGAUGUCUUGUCUUUUCGGAAUUUGUUUUUUACUUUACUUUUUUUAAUUGUCUGCUGGUCAUGGUUUUGGUUUUUUUUUUACAGUCUUAGUAUUAAGCUAUACAAUUUGCAUCUUGUCUUGUUACCGCAAUAAAGGGACCAAAAAAUGGAGGGCAAUUAAUCUAACUAUCAUCUGCUUCAUCUGAGUCACCGUCAAAUAUCAACUACAUUAUUAUAGGAAAUUAACGAUGCACUUUAUUAACGUGACAUAAAUUAACGCGACAUCAAAUUAACGCGGAUUGCUUCUAGGUCUUUUAAAACUUGAUUAUAUUAACGCGAAUCUGAUCUCCAUGGUUGACAAAUUAAUUAAAUUAACGCGAAUCGGAUAGUGAACUGAGUUAAGAGGAGCACUGAUGUUUUUAGUUUAUGUUAAUAUGCUGUAUUUUGAUAUUAGAAGAGUUCGUGUUACAUUAUAAAACAAAUCAAGGUCUUUUUAACUAACGAUAAAUAAAAAUUACAUACUUAAAAUUAACGAUGAUAUAAAUUAACAUUAAUUAAAUUAACGCGAAUUUUUAAAAUCCGCGUUAAUAAAGUGCAUCGUUAAUUUCCUAUAAUAAGGUAUAUAUUUUAUGUUGACUAAUUGUUUGGAAAGUCGUUGUUCAGAUUUUUAUAGAAAAUAAAAUGUUUAGAAAGCGUUACGACUGGGGGCACCAUGCACGUGGGGGAUCUGGGGCAUGCUCUUCCAGAAAAUUUUCAAAAUCACGUGUCUCAAAUUUGCUAAAAAUGCAUUUGCCAAGCGUUGUUACAUCAUUCUCCGGUCAGCCGUUAACAUGCUGCAUUGUUUAACCUCUGGAACAGCACAUACUGUCACGUAUACAUGUACGUUUUAGAGCAAUCAUCGCAUAGUGGUGUAUAUUGUAGUGAUCAACAAUAUUGAAAAUGAAGAGAACUACAAACAAUGCUUUUGAAUCACAUUUUAAGGAUUGAAAAAGAAAUGAUACUUGUUUCGCUUGGAAACCUGAAAGAAGAACGCGGGCAAACCCAACAAGAAAUGUUACAUUUACAAGAUGUGAUAACAAGGUAACUUUUUGCCUGCAAGACAGACUCAGUUGCAUUCCGGACCUACAAGCGUACAUGGCACGGUGAGUUUCGUGCAUAAUUUCUGAACAGUUGUGAUACCUUUUGUAAAAUAUUCCUAGGCUGAAAUAGACUGCUUAAGAUUUCGUGAUUUUCAAGGUACAUUUACCGCGUUUGAGGACGGUCAUUAAUUCAUACACUAUUCCCGGAUGACCCCAUGUUUGUAUUUUUUUAAAUAAGUUUUAUUUCCAUGUAUGAUUGUUGAUUCACGAAGCAACCCUGGUACCCCAUGUUUGUAUUUUUUAAAUAAGUUUUAUUUCCAUGUAUGAUUGUUGAUUCACGAAGCAACCCUGGUACCCCAUGUUUGUAUUUUUUAAAUAAGUUUUAUUUCCAUGUAUGAUUGUUGAUUCACGAAGCAACCCCGGUACCCCAUGUUUGUAUUUUUUAAAUAAGUUUUAUUUCCAUGUAUGAUUGUUGAUUCACGAAGCAACCCCGGUACCCCAUGUUUGUAUUUUUUAAAUAAGUUUUAUUUCCAUGUAUGAUUGUUGAUUCACGAAGCAACCCUGGUACCCCAUGUUUGUAUUUUUUAAAUAAGUUUUAUUUCCAUGUAUGAUUGUUGAUUCACGAAGCAACCCUGGUACCCCAUGUUUGUAUUUUUUAAAUAAGUUUUAUUUCCAUGUAUGAUUGUUGAUUCACGAAGCAACCCCGGUUGCUGCGUUACGAAGCAAUCAACCUCGUGACUUUCGGUUGCGGAUUUGUGGACUGUAUACAAUAUACAAAUUCUUCAAUAUGCCUUGAAUAAUGUUUAUUAUACAUUCGGUAUAAGUUAGAUCUCUUGUUUUGUAAGUAAACUCUUUAAUUGUUUCUGUUAUAGAAAAGAAGAAUUAUGCCUUGAAAACAUUAGAAAAUGUCAGAAUCUAGAAGAUCAGAUAGGUACAUAAUAUUGUUGCUGCUUUAGAAAAUUGUUUUUGUAAUGCAGUGGACGUUUCCCUUUAGCUGUUAAACACCUGACUCUUUCACAGUCCGUUAUCCGUACGCGCGGUCGCGAUUCUAUCGCAUUCCCAUUAAGCCCUGCGCUCCCAUUGUUCUUUCACUGAUCUCUAUUCCCAACUGAAGUGACGAGGAACGAGGCAGGUUAAUUAAACACUAUAGAUGGUAUUGAAUUGUGAUAAAAUGCUGUUUUUCAUUUCCUGUUUUUUUUAGUUAUAUUACAACAGGGUCAAAAGGCAGAAGUGGAAGCUUUAAAGAAUGAUUUGAAAGUGACGAAAACGACCUUGGAGAAAAGGUAAUUCAUGUUAAUGUGUAUUUUUUGUUUGGUGGAAAUAAACAGGAAAUAGCCAGUUCAUGAGGUUAGUUGUUCGUAUACUGUAAAUUGUCCUGGAUAUUACCUACUUCCUCCGCUCAUUCGUAAAAUAUUGUGUUCAUCAUGCACUUGAAGAUAAAAUUCAUAUUAAAUUUUCCUGUUACUGUUCUCCGUGUAUUUAAUUUACAUUAUAUUGACAGCUUUUAGCUCCAUUUAACAAUUGCUUAAUUUUGAGUGUUCGGAACAUUGAAAUUGCUUCGUUUGUUAGAUAUUGCUUUGUUCGUUGGAAGAGGGUUCUGAACAGUUGCUUGCAUAUAGAUUCCAAGUCUCGAAUAAAAAGGUGUCUUGACCACGUCCACUAUUCUUUUUGAGCCUGGACUAAGGGAACAAGGAUGGUUUCUUAAUACAGAUUCGACUAAGACCACUAGAGUGAUUCAAUAUGUUUUCUUUGCUUUGUACAUUGUUUUUAGUGAGAUCGAGUGUAAAACUAUUAGCGAGACUUUGCAAGAACUUGAAACAAAGUACGAGAACGUUUGUCAGGCUCGUGAGCAACUAGAGCAUAAUUUGAAUGUUCUGGUAAUGUUCCGCCAUGCUUUAGUAAUGAGGAAACAUUGCUCUACAGUAUGGUCAAACACUUCUGCAACAAAUAUAAAGAAAUUGAGAGCAAUACAGAUAUUGCUUGUAGGAUAUUGACAAAUACGGAAAGAUACGAUCAUGUAACACCAGCACUACGUGCAAUUCGCUGGCUUCCUGUAGAGGAACACUUAAAAUAUAGAGAGACACUAAUAACAUACAAAUGUAUGAACGGAUUAGCACCACCUUACCUAUCCAAAUUAUUUAUAAAAAGAAAUGAAAUUCACGAUCUAAAUACAAGGAAUAAUAAAGCGCUACACAUCCCUCAACACAAAACAGUUUCAGGACAAAGAACCUUUUAUUAUAGAGCGGUGAAGUUAUGGAACGACUUGGAUGAAGACCUCAAAAAGUUACCUUGGAAAAGUUUUAAAACUAAAUUAAAGAACAAGAUGCUUAACAAAAAUUAAUUACAUUUUAUCGCUUCCCUGCAUAUAUUAAACCACCAUCGGCAAACUGUUUGUCAGGUUGAGCUCGGUUUUCUGUGCUGCCGAAUACUACAAAACCAGUCAAAGCCUUUAUGGCAUAAUUAUGGCUUAUGUGCCCGGUUGUUGGCACAUAGCCGGUUUAUUAUUUUAAUCGAUUUUUAAUAAUUAACAAGAAAAAUUAUUAAUUAAUAACUAUAUAACAUUUAGCACAGAAAAGGUGGGGGCAUUACUAACGCCCACUACGCAUAACGUAUCUAUAUAAGUUCAACAUAUCGCGUCCAACAACGGGGAGGAGGGUGGGUAAUUCUCUUCCAUCCAAUUUCUUGAUGUGAACUGCAGCCCAUAUGGAAUAGGAAAGGAAAGAUGGCCCGCUUCACCACUGAUAAAUACCGAAAUUUCCAGUCACGUGACUACACUUAAAUUAACUUGCGCGCGCAAAUAACUUAUUUCGCAUAAUUAAUUUCAACUAUAAAUUAUUCCGGGAAGCAAUAAAAACUCUUAUCGCUGUAGCAAUAAGUUCCUUUAUCGCUUCCCUGCAUAUAUUAAACCACCAUCGGCAAACUGUUUGUCAGGUUGAGCUCGGUUUUCUGUGCUGCCGAAUACUACAAAACCAGUCAAAGCCUUUAUGGCAUAAUUAUGGCUUAUGUGCCCGGUUGUUGGCACAUAGCCGGUUUAUUAUUUUAAUCGAUUUUUAAUAAUUAACAAGAAAAAUUAUUAAUUGAUAACUAUAUAACAUUUAGCACAGAAAAGGUGGGGGCAUUACUAACGCCACAAGUCUCCUUGGGAUAAAGGAGACACACCCCACCCCAACCUGGCAAACCGUUUGCAGAUGAUCAUGAAAAAUAUCUACGUAUAUACUGAUACCACAUGUUACGAAAACCUCAAUCUAUGUCAGUUUGACUGCAUAUGCUAUUGUCAGUCAAAAGCAAUGAACUUACACUGGUCUAGAUAAUAACAGUGCAAUCAAUUACCUAGUUUACUAUACAAGCCUCCACUGGAAUAAACUGAUGAUCAGCUGAAAUGUGAACCUUACCCAUGUGUCAGUUCAAUAUCCAACCGAUGACCAAUAACUGUCUCCAGAGGCGAUAAAAUACCGUAUUAUACGAGUUUCUAGCGAAAUAAAUAUCAUCAGCUGAAAUGUGAACCUUACCCUUGUGUCGGUUCAACAUCCAGCGAUGAUGAAUAAGUAAGAUAAAAUACCUAGGCAAUCACCAGUUUCGGGCGAAAUAAACAUGCAUCUGCUAAAAUGUGAACCUUGUGCCAGUUCAACAUCCAACCGGCAAUGACGUUUGCGAAAAACAAAACAUUUGUUGUACACACCGUUAGUAACAAACUGGGUAAAUUAAAUUUAGAAACGUGAAUUGAGGUUAUAUAUAUGAUAGUCCGGAAUGACUGUUGGUGAUGAAUGAACGUUGGCCGAUGCGAGCUGUCUCAACGUAGCAACCUGUGUCCGAGAUAAAGGAUUCCCUGAAACACUUCUUAAUCCAGAUAUGUGCCGAGUACGAAAUAAAGAUAUACUUAAUGCUAUUAAUUAAAAACAAGCAAGCACCAGUUUACGUACAAAUAUCAUAACAGCCGAAUUCCAAAAUGGAACCGAAUAGCCUUAUUAUAAUAUCAACCAAUGCAGCAUCAUCUGUUAAGAACGUUAUACGCUGAAUUACCACCGCCUCGCAAAUUGCCGAGUGCGAUAUGGUAUAGCGACUAUGCUGGGCCGAUCGGAUCUUGUAAGAUCAACAAGCCAUCGUAACAAGGCACGACGUGGCACGACCACCUACAAAACUAAAUUAAUUAAGCAAGGCAAUCGAGGAUUGAAUUACCUUUUUACGCAAGUGACUUAAUUUAAAUUCCGCAGUCUGAUCCUCAGGUAAUAAAUAGCGCUGUCAUGCGUAAAGCGUCUAAUUCAAUUCUUGCGAAUGAGAGCUCACGGAUUGGCACUCCCAAUAUUUGCAAAGAGAUAAGAAAUCAGCAAGAUGAAUGCGGCAUCGGUGAUAAUUGCGAAGCUGCCAAGCCGGGAAGUCAUGAUGCGAAAUAUUUAGCUGUGUUUUAGCAACUAACCGUUUCUGAAGCCGUAUAUUAAAGUAUAAUUAAACAUGUCGAAUGUACGACAUCAACACGAACGUAGUUUAUCGCAAUGACUACCAAAACUAACAAUAGAAUUUAGAGAAAAUAAAUCAUG